AUGCAGCCCCGUCGGAGUUCACAAGACAAGCAGCAGCAGCAGCUGCUGCAGGGCAGCAGCAGCAGCUGCUGCAGCGGCAGCAGCAGCAGCAGCGGCAGCAGCAGCAGCAGCGGCUCUGUAUUCCCAUGUGCCGUUUCCAAGCAGCAGAAGCCAAGGCGGGCGACGCUGCAGCAACAAAACCCGCAACAGUUCUCGCUGCAGCAGCUACAGCAGCAGCAGCUGCAGCUGCAGCAGCAGCAGCAGCAGCAGCAGAAGAUAGUGAUCAGCUGCAGCACAAAUGUAACAAAAAACAGCAGCAGCAAAUUGACAGCCGCUUGA